AUGAUUGCUUUGGAGCAACUGAUGAUUGCUUUGGAGCAACUGAUGAUUGCUUUGGAGCAACUGAUGAUUGCUUUGGAGCAACUGAUGAUUGCUUUGGAGCAACUGAUGAUUCAACUGAUGAUUGCUUUGGAGCAACUGAUGAUUGCUUCGGAGCAACUGAUUAUUGCUUCGGAGCAACUGAUGAUUGCUUUGGAGCAACUGAUGAUUGCUUUGGAGCAACUGAUGAUUGCUUUGGAGCAACUGAUGAUUGCUUUGGAGCAACUGAUGAUUGCUUUGGAGCAACUGAUGAUUGCUUCAGAGCAACUGAUGAUUGCUUGCAACUGA